UGAACUCAAAAUCACAUCCAGGAAGAAUCUUAAGAGACCUAAUGGACUCUAAGAGCGUUAUGUGCCCAGGAGCUUUCAAUGGGCUCGUAGGCAGGAUUGUAGCCAGUCAGGGCUAUGAAUGUGCUUAUGUGUCAGGAGGAGCUGUCACUACAGCAUCUGGAGUUCCAGAUAUUGGCCUUCUUCCUAUAGAUGGAUUUACAAAGAUCAUAUCUGAAGUCUAUCACUCCUCUAUGCUUCCUAUUAUUGCUGAUGCUGAUACAGGAUUUGGAGAAGGAGAAAUGGUAGCCAGAACUGUCUGGGAAUACAACAAAGCUGGAGCUGCUGGUCUUCACAUCGAAGAUCAAGUAUUUCCAAAAAGGUGUGGUCAUCUUUCAGGAAAAACUCUUGUCCCAUCUGAAGAUUUUGUUUCAAAAGUCAAAAUUGCUGCUGAAGCGAGAGAUGAAUGUUCUGAAGGAGACUUUAUAAUCUGUGCUCGUACCGAUGCAAGAUCAGUGGAAGGAAUUGAAUCUACUAUUGAAAGAGCAAAGCUCUAUAUUGAUGCAGGAGCAGAUAUGAUAUUCCCAGAAGGUUUGGCUUCCUUGGAAGAAUUUGAACAAGUGGCCAAAGAGCUCAAAGAAUACUCUCCUAAAACUUACCUCUUGGCAAAUAUGACCGAGUUUGGUAAAACCCCUAUCAUCGACUUUGAAGAAUUUGGGAAAAUUGGAUAUGACAUCGUGAUUUACCCAGUAUCUACUCUCAGGAUUGCAAUGAAAGCAGUAGAAAGCUUCCUCUCUCUACUAAAAGAAGAUGGAAAUGUCAAUGCUAGUCUCGAAAACAUGCUUACAAGAGAUAGUCUCUACGAACUAUGCAACUACAAGCCUGGUAAAGAAUGGAUCUAUCCAAGCCCAACAAAAAAGAAGGAGGAAGAGCCAUAAUUUUAUUUAUCCUUUCAAUAUCUUAUCUAUCU